GAAUGAACUAACUCUGAAGGACUCUUUGAAGUUCUCUUCUAGUAAUAUUUCUGCCUUUAAUCAACUGCAUUAUGGCCGUGUUAGACAGAGUUCUUCGCGUACUAGACGCUCUAGGCCUCUUUCUUAUCACUCGCUUUCCAUUCAUAGAGCUGUUUGUCCUUUUGAUGUCCACCGGAGAGGAGGCCGAAAAUUUGCCAGGGGCGCGCACGUUGACCUUCAGAGACACUUUACGGCGGGAAUAUCUACUUGUGUACAUCAACGCUUUAAUUUUCUUCGUUUGUGGAACAGGCAUGACUCUGGACUUGAAGAGAAGGAAAUGUGGCCUGGCUGCUGCUUUGCAUGUAGUAGUAUACACGGGGGUAACUCUAUAUCAACUCAAAAAAUCUUCAGAAUAUUUGAUCGUAAGUCAGUAAUUUUGUUCUUCAUUUGUCUGAUACGGUUACCUUUCCGGUGACCUUCGAUUUUUUUUCUUGUUACCAUGAAAGCUUCUGAUUAUAUGUUUUUUACUUGAUGAAAAGCCCUCUUUGAAAUCAAGGAAAGUUAUCUGAUAUGUACCCAACACCCUUAUGUAAAUUCGUGGGCUGAAGAUCAACAUAUGUUUACAAAUUUAAUUAACUCGCCCUGAAGUCAAAGAAUGAAGGGGCUCGGGAGGUUUUCUCCUAAAAGCAUGUUUAUAUUAUCCUUAGCUAGUGUGGUUGUGCAAAAAAUCUGAUCUAGCACAGAGUAUCCAUUACUGAAGUAUUAGAUUAAAAACAUGUGAAAGCUUCAUGAAAUCAGUAGGCAUUAAGGGCUAUUCACAGGGAAUUUUUUGUUUCGAGGUUUUCAUGCAUUAACCCUUAAACCGCCUUGAGCAACCAAGACAGAAUUUCUCCUUACAGUAUCAAUACACUAUUACGCAAACAAAUGGUGAGAAUGAACUUAAGAAUAAUAUAAAUCAGGGGAUUAUUUGUUGAUCUUGUACCAAAUUCUUGGAACCAAAAUCACAAGAAUUGUAUGACAGACAGUAAGGAGAGUUACAAAGAGAUCUUGAGAGUAAAGGGAUUAACCUGUAGUUUACAGUGGUACCUCAUGAUGUUUUCCUUUGUUCCAAUUGGCUAUUGUGAUUGUAUUUGUUUUCAUGUUUCCACAGUCAUCCUAAAUCAGGCUAAAUUGAAUCUAACAAUUAUUUGUUUCUUUAAAUAGGUCAGAAUGGCAGCCAGAUCUGCUGCAGUAUGUGGAGGUUACCUAUUUGUUGCUGCAGGCCUCACAGACAGUCAGCGAGGCCAGGCCAAGGUGUUUCAAGCUCUAAAAGUUUCUCGACAAAUCCUUGCAUUUUAUCUCUUCUGCAAUGCUUAUAUGGUGUGGGCCAGUGAAGAAGAUCGUCUAGCACACAUUAAGAAUAUUCCUGGUGGUCAGUUUAUGAUUGUCAUGGUUAUUGCACUGUAUGUAAUUCCUGCACUUAGUAUCUAUGCAGGGUAUGAAGCAGGUUAUUUUGCACGCAUUGUUGUAUGGCACUUGGUAGUUGUGUCAGCUUUAGUGGAUUUUAACACAAAGUACUGGCGCAGAAGUUCAAGUCAUGUUGCAUUUUGGGUUCAAAUCCAACAUGCUGCAAGGAACCUGGCUGUCAUAGGAUCACUGCUUCUCUUAGGAAGGAAAAGAUAUUGGUGAGGAGCUGAGGAGUUGGUGCUAAAUUGUGGGAGAAAUGUGGCUAGAAAGGGAUACAGAUCUUCAUGUCAUGGAAUUCUGUGACAUCACUGCAAACAUAAGAGCAAAGUUUUUGAACACUCAGAAUGAAUCAAGUUGUCAGAGUUACAGG